AUGGUCAAGAUUGCUAUCGCCGGCGGCGCCGGAAACGUUGGACAGGAAAUCAUCGACGUGCUUGCCGCGACAAACAAACAUGACAUCUUGGUCCUGUCUCGCAAGGACGCAACCCCCAACGACCUACCCCCCACCGUAACCUGGGUCAAGACAGAUUAUACCAACCUCGACAGACUCACGCAGACGCUGCGCGGGGUGGACACGGUGCUUUCGUUCAUCACAGCACAUAUGGACCCGGGGAGUGUGGCGCAGAAGAGUCUGAUUGAUGCGGCGGUUCGGGCGGGAGUGAGACGCUUCGCGCCGAGUGAGUGGGCGUCGUCAAGCUUCGAGCACAUGCCCUGGAACGACGGCAAGGCCGUGAUCCGGGAGUACCUAGCUGAGUUGAACAAGGAGAAGAAGAUCCUAGAAUACACCCUCUUCCAACCAGGGCUCUUCACCAACUACCUCACCCACCCGUACCGGUCCACCAAACACAUCCAGCCAAUCGAGACCCCGUUCGAUUUAGCCCGGCGCCGGGCGCUGGUCGUCCAAGGCCGUUACGAGGAGGCGCGUAUCACGCUGACGACUGUGGCUGAUCUGGCGCAGGUGGUGGUGCGCGCUGUGGAGUAUGAGGGGCCGUGGCCGGUGGUUGGGGGGAUUCGGGGGGAUGAUAUGACGCUGCGGAAGGUGGUGGAGAUGGGUGAGAGGGUGAGGGGAGGCAAAUUCACCGUCGAAAAACUCAACGCCGACGACCUCAAGGCCGGAGUGGUCAAGUCGAGUUGGAUGCCACAGCCUACCCACCCGUCGUUUACGCCGGAGGAAAUUGCUGCUUUGGCGCAGCGCAUGACAGCGGGCAUUGUGCUGGGAAUAUCAUCCAACACGCUGAGUGUGUCGGAUGAGUGGAAUCAGCUGCUGCCGGAUUAUGAGUUUACCAAGGCGGAAAAGUUUCUGAGGGAGCAGUGGCGUGGGAAAGAGUUAAGGUAG